UAUCAUGUUGCUAUUUGGUUCUGUUAUGUUCUCUUAAGAUUUCAGUUUUCAUAUAAUGACAGGUCUGAAAAAUACUUCCGUGAUGAGAUGGAUUUUCAUACUCUUUCUGAUUGCUGAAUUGGAUCCUGAUUUAAUUUUAGCAUAUGAACAGCCUGAAAGAAACUCAGAAGUUAAUGAUUCUAAGUCAUUGAAUGAUACAGUAAAUAAAACAGAUGAACUCUGGAAAUUUGAUGUCUCAAUACCAAAAGAACUCUAUCACUGUGAGAGUGGCCAAAUCACAUCAUGUGAUCCUUCUGACCCAUACAGAACGAUAGACGGAAGCUGUAACAAUUUGAAUCAUCCGACAUGGGGUAUAGUCAAUGAGUGCUACUUAAGAUAUGUUCCAGCAUCUUACGAAGGGUUCGAAAUGCUUCCAAGAUCUAAGAAUGGAGAUCCUUUGCCUCUCGCCAGAGAAUUAACUGUGAAUAUCUUCAAAGACGUUCACCGACCCUCUCCAAAUGUUUCAUUCAUGUUCACGAUUUAUGGUCAAACUAUGGCUCACGAUUUAUCCCGAACUGAGAAUCGAAACAUUCAAGAACAAUGCUGUGAAGAUUCCUCUAAGCAUCCAUCUUGUAUAGCCGUUUCUAUAAGAUCUAAUGAUCCAUUCUAUUCUCAAUAUAACGUCUCCUGUUUAGAUCUGCAUAGAACUCAGUCUUGUGAAAUUUGUAACGCCACCAGUAGGGAACAAGUGAAUGCUGUAACACCUGCUUUGGAUGCAUCAAUGGUGUACGGCACAAACGAAGAAAAUGCAAUGAAUAUACGAACCAAUGAUGGAACAGGAAAAUUGAUCGUUAAUUCCACAGAGCAUGGUGAUCUUCUACCUACGUUUAAAACUCCUGACGGUAUUUUCUGCCGUGAAAAGAAAGAAAACACUUGCUAUUUGUCAGGAGAUAUAAGAGGGAAUCAGCAUGCUUUUCUGACUGGAAUUUCCACAUACUACGUGCGAGAGCAUAACAGAAUCGCCACACAUCUCAAGAAGAUGAAUCCUCACUGGAAAGAAGAUAAAUUGUUUCAAGAAACCAGGAGAAUCAACACAGCAAUUCUUCAAUGCAUCACCUACAAAGAAUACCUGCAGGUACUUCUGGGCCAGUACAUUAUGGAUCAAUUUAAUUUGACAGUCAAAAAUGGAUCAGAUGGAACAAAUUACAACUCUAGCUUACGACUUGGAGUCAGUAAUGAAUUCUCAACCGCGGCUUUCCGUCUCCACACCAUGAUACCUAAAGUAGUGGGAACAACUAACAUAAGGUUCAAAGAUUUUUACGCAAAUCCGAAAAUCAUUCGAGCUGGCUACAUGGAAAGAAUUAUGCAAGGAGCCUACAGAGUACCAUCUGAAGAAUAUGAUCAUUACCAUGUAGAUGAUGUGACUAACUACAUGGCUCAACGACCUGGAGUACCAUAUGGUAUCGAUUUAAAUUCUAUUGAUAUCCAGAGAGCAAGAGAUCACGGAUUGCCACCUUACGUAGUCAUGGUGAGAUUCUGCUCCGAAGAAAAAAUAAGCGUUACGACCUUCGAUGACCUUGCACCUUUGCUGAUGACAGAGGAAAAAGCAGAAAAGUUGAAGGAAAAUUAUGCAGCCGUAGAGGACAUAGAUUUGAUGGUAGGGGUGCAGAUGGAAGAUCCAUUUCCUGGAUCAGUGGUUGGUCCAACAGCCGCUUGCAUCAUCGCCAAGCAGUUUUAUUCUACUAAAUAUGGAGACAGAUUUUUCUUUGAACAUGAAGGGGUGGUACCUUCCUUCACUGCAGCUCAGAGGAAAUCCCUCAAACAGAGCUCUUUAUCUCGUAUAUUCUGUGAUAAUUCGAACAUCACACAUAUACAAAAGAAUGUUAUGCUUCUUCCUAGUGAUACAAAUCCUGAAGUACCUUGUGAAGACAUUCCAGGGGUCGAUUUAUUUCUCUGGGCCGAAAAUCAAUCCAUGCAAAUAGCACCAGUCAUGAUUCAUAAUUGUCUUCCUAUUCUGUCAUUAUUAUUUAUACAGAAAUAUAAAAAUGUUUUGUGAUGUAUCUAUUUUUUCUAUAACUUCUAUCAAGUACUAGAAAAUGUUCACUUACUUAUGACAGCGAUAUUUUUCAAUAAAAGUGUUUGAAAAAAUAAAAUCCAAUAAAAGUUUUUA